AUGGCAGAGAGGAUGCGUGCCCUGAAAUUCGGCACCGACCUUUGGGAUCCUUCGCACAGAUUCGAGACAAGCUGGAUCCUCACUCCUUGGGUGCUCUUUGGCUGUCGAGCUGCAAUUUCUCUCUACGCAUUCGCAACAACAUUCUUCAUCAUCGGCUGGGAAGCGACGAACCACGACGGUCUCUCAAUCCACGAUGUGCGCCGAUCAUUCUCCUUCUUCACAAUCCUCUGCUACUGGGGCAUAUCCUUCUACUUCCUCAUCUCCGCCCUACACACCUUUUCCUACGCCAUCAACGGCGGAACUCCCCUCCUCAACCGCCUCCCACGGCCCCUGCAAGCCCUGCACUACCUCUUCUACACCACAAUAAUCACCUUUCCUUUUCUCGUAACCAUAGUCUACUGGGCCAUCCUCUACUCCGGCUUCUCAUCACGUUUCACCCUCUGGUCCAACGUCUCCCAACACGCCUUAAACUCCGUCUUCGGGCUCUUCGAACUCGCGUUCUCGAGGAUAAAUCCAAGUCCGUGGAUCCACCUCCUCUGGCUCAUCGUCAUCCUCGCCUGCUACUGCGGCCUCGCAUACGUGACCUACGCCACAAAGCACUACUACGUCUACUCAUUCCUCAAUCCCAACCCACCGGAUCAUGUGGUUACCAACGGCGUCAAGACGAAUCAAGGAGGGGUAGGCAAGGGCGCGGUCGUAGGCUACGUGUUCGGGAUCGCGGCAGCGAUAAUUGUUAUCUUUUGUGUGAGUAAGGGAUUGCAGACUCUGAGGAAGUGGGGCGUGGAAAAGAAGCUGGGCAUGAAAGGCAAAUUCUAUGCGGGCAGGGGGAUGGGGAGUGGCGAGGUGGAGUUGGAGACUGUGCGGGUUUGGGAGAAGGGUCCUGGGGAGGCGUGA